ACACAGAGAUGUCAUGAUGUUGUUGUCACUGCAAGAACAGAAGAACUUUUUAAAGUACCAGCUUUCUUCUUUAGAGAAGAGCUGCAAUAUUUAUCAAACAGUGCAGAGCUGGAAGAGCAACUUCGUGGAAAUACAGUUUCUCAGUCACUGAUUUAAAAAAACCAGAAACAUUUUGCACUGUUACAUUUCGUGGAUUUUUAUUUUAUUUUUUUUUUUUAUUUUGUGAUAGGAAAUUAUUUACGGACUGCAAGUUUGAGGAACCCGAACUUAAAAGUGUCUUCUUCAUUUGUUCAGUUUUGCUUUUAAUUUGAGAUCUGCUGAGACUAUCACAAUGUCAGCUGUGGUAAUUGAACUGGAUAAGAUUUCUUCAGAUGAGAUUGAGAGCAAAAAGUAUUCCAAGCCAGAUUUUACGGAAUGCAAAUUCAGUGAAUCAUGUGCUGAUCAUCAUGGUUUUCAACUUCACUGUUCAUGUUCUGCUCCAGCUGGUAUGAAUACAAGCAAGAGUGAAACAGUGAAAGAGCAUCCACUGAAACCUUCUAGAAGAUCUAUGCCAUGCCUCGUCCAGAGCCAAACGCAUCCUCAGAGCCUGAGCAAGCAUUCUUCAUUCCUGCAGCCAAAUCGUGUACAGCCACAGCCUCUGAGUGCAGGGACAUCAACAGCCACAGUGGAUGUAGUGUCAGAACGAGCUAAAGUGGUGGAGACUUUGGAAAACAACUUGCUUAAACUGUCUAAUACAGAAUACGGUGAUCCAUUUUUAGAUGUAGGGAAGGACAAAGAUACUUAUACAGAUGAUUCAGAACAUGGGAAUUAUGAUACUCGUACAGAUCAAUCAUUGCUUAUUCAGAACAGGCUCACCAGGCAGAAAACAGAACCUCGAACUAAAUCGUCUUUAAAGAGUGAUGCCAUGGCAUCAUCAGGACUAUUCUUCAAAGAUGGCAAAAAGCGCAUUGAUUACAUCCUGGUCUACAAGAAAUCAAGUCCACAGGUAGAAAAAAGAAGCACAUUUGAGAAGAAUUUGAGAGCAGAAGGGCUGAUGUUAGAACGGGAGCCAGCUGUUACAAACAGUGAUAUCAUGUUUGUUAAAGUUCACUGUCCGUGGGAGACGUUGUGCAAAUACGCAGAAAGAAUGAACAUCAGGAUGCCUUUCAGGAAAAAAUGUUAUUACACUGACUGGAGGAGCAAAACCAUGGGCAGUUUGCAGAGGAAUAUGAGGGAGCUGAAAAGUUGGUUGCCCAGAAACCCAAUGAAGCUUGAUAAGGAGGCCCUGCCUGAUCUGGAGGAGACAGAUUGCUACACAGCACCCUUCAGCCGUGCACGCAUCCACCAUUUCACAAUAAACAACAAAGAUAGCUUCUUCAGCAAUUCCACAAGAAGUAGAAUCGUGCAUCACGUGCUACAGAGAACUAAGUAUGAAGAUGGAAAAUCCAAAAUGGGUAUUAAUAGGUUACUAAAUAACGGAACAUAUGAAGCAGCAUUUCCACCACAUGAGGGAAGCCACAAAAGCAGACAUCCCAUCAAAACACACGGGGCCCAGAAUCACAGACACCUCUUGUAUGAACGUUGGGCACGGUGGGGAAUGUGGUACAAAUACCAACCUCUUGAUUUAAUCAGGCGAUAUUUUGGUGAAAAAAUUGGCCUGUAUUUUGCCUGGCUGGGAUGGUAUACUGGAAUGCUUAUUCCUGCUGCUCUGGUUGGGCUCUUUGUUUUCCUCUAUGGAUUAUUUACAAUGGAUUCCAGCCAAGUAAGCAAAGAGAUCUGCGAGGCAAAUGAAACCAUCAUGUGCCCUAUGUGUGAACGCAAUUGCACACUACAAAAACUCAAUGAAAGCUGCAUCUAUGCCAAGGUUACACAUUUGUUUGAUAAUGGAGGGACUGUCUUCUUUGCUAUUUUCAUGGCAAUUUGGGCAACAGUCUUCCUAGAGUUUUGGAAAAGACGGAGAGCUGUAUUAACCUAUGACUGGGACCUCAUAGACUGGGAAGAUGAAGAGGAAGAGCUUCGUCCCCAGUUUGAAGCUAAAUAUUCCCAAGUGGAAAGAGUAAAUCCCAUUACAGGAAAACCUGAACCUUUUCAACCUUUCCCUGAUAAGCUCAGUCGACUGAUGGUGUCUGUCUCAGGAAUAUUCUUCAUGAUCUCACUGGUCCUCACUGCAGUGUUUGCAGUGGUGGUGUAUCGACUGGUGGCCAUGGAGCAGUUUGCUUCUUUCAAGUGGUAUUUCAUCAAGAAGUACUGGCAGUUUGCAACGUCUGGCACUGGAGUCUGUAUCAAUUUUAUGAUCAUCAUGUCACUCAAUGUCGUGUAUGAGAAGGUUGCCUAUCUCCUGACAGACUUAGAGCACCCUAGAACAGAAUCCGAAUGGGAAAACAGCUUUGCCUUGAAAAUGUUCCUCUUCCAGUUCGUCAACUUGAACAGCUCUAUCUUCUACAUUGCCUUUUUUCUUGGCAGAUUUGCAGGCCGCCCGGGAAAGUACAAUAAGCUUUUUAACAGAUGGAGACUGGAAGAGUGUCAUCCUAGUGGCUGCUUGAUAGAUCUGUGCUUGCAAAUGGGAGUUAUUAUGGUUUUAAAACAAAUGUGGAACAACUUCAUGGAACUAGGCUAUCCUUUAUUACAGAAUUGGUGGUCACGACGCAAAAUGAAGAGAAGAGGGCAAUCAAUGGAGAAUAAAAUUUCUCUACCUCAGUGGGAAAAAGAUUGGAAUCUGCAGCCUAUGAAUCUCCAUGGCUUAAUGGACGAAUAUUUAGAGAUGGUUUUACAGUUUGGCUUUACCACCAUCUUUGUUGCUGCCUUCCCGUUGGCACCUCUCCUGGCACUGCUGAACAACAUCAUAGAAAUCAGGUUGGACGCGUACAAGUUUGUCACGCAGUGGCGCAGACCCAUGCCUGCGAGAGCGACAGACAUAGGUAUCUGGUAUGGAAUUCUGGAAGGAAUUGGAGUUCUGGCUGUCAUCACCAAUGCCUUUGUUAUUGCCAUUACUUCUGAUUACAUUCCACGUUUUGUCUAUGCAUACAAAUAUGGUCCCUGUACAGAUCAAGGGUACAGACAAGAAAAAUGCUUAAAAGGAUAUGUCAACAGCAGUUUAUCAGUAUUUGAUUUGAGUGAACUUGGGAUGGGAUACUCAGGAUACUGUCGGUAUAGAGACUACAGAGCCCCACCGUGGAGUUCAACUCCAUAUGAAUUCACUUUGCAGUUUUGGCAUGUCCUGGCAGCACGACUGGCCUUCAUCAUAGUAUUUGAGCACCUUGUUUUUGGAAUAAAGUCCUUCAUUGCCUACCUGAUUCCAGACAUGCCCAAAGACUUGUGCGACAGAAUGAGGAGAGAGAAAUACUUAGUCCAGGAAAUGAUGUAUGAGGCUGAACUGGAACAUUUGCAAAGGGAAAGGAAAAAGAACGGGAAACAGUAUCACCAUGAAUGGCCUUAGUCACUACUGUGCUGCAGCAAAAACACUGUUUGAAAUGGAAGAGCGCGGUUACAAAACGAAGUCGGAGUCGGGCCUCGGCGUGUGAGAUCCUCUCGUGGUGUAUAUAUGUUCUUGCUGGGCAGUGCAGUUGCAGACUUUGGUGGGCACUGGCAAACAAAUGUUUCCAAGGAUGGCGAUGAAAAGCCCUUACCUGUGUCUGGUCUGUGGUGAGCUCCGAGGAGAACUGGCACUCAGGAACGUGCAGUCAGCCUAAAAGCUCGGACACUGGUUUGAAAAAAGGCCAGGAAUGUUCAUGCUGUUCGUGAAGGUGCAGCAUGAACCUUCAGCAUAAUGAAAUUGUGAGUUACCAGCGCAAUGAAAACAAAAAAAUUACCUGUGAACUGAAAGAGUAAGGGCAUGACUAAAACCAACUUAUAUGAUAUCCACUACUUCUACAGCUUCUGAUUGCUCGGUUCCAUCUGUAAUGCCUCUAAAGAAAAGAGCAAUUGUUGCCUUUGUGGCCAUAACUUGAUCUUUCAGGCUUACUGUUUUGUCAGGUUUGUCCUAGUCUCUGGCUGAGAUUGUGGAUGUGGUCCUACCCUAAAAAAAGGGGUCUGUGGCUGCUUAAUAUAUAUACUAUGCAGUUUAAGAUUUGCACAUCAGUGUCAUUAAUUUAUCCUUCUACUUGCAAACCAAAAAUUCCAAA